AAAGAAUAUGUGCUCCCCAGCUUUGAGGUCAAGCUCUCUUCCCUGAGACCUUUCUUCUACGUAGACAGUGAGACUUUGGAAAUUAAUAUUAAAGCCAGGUAUCUGUUUGGACAGAAAGUGAAUGGUAAUGCCUAUGUAGUAUUUGGGAUCAUCGACCAAGGUCAGAAGAAGAGCUUUCCUGACUCUCUAUCUCGAGUGGCGAUUGAGAACGGAGAAGGAAACGUAGUGCUGAAGAGGGAACACAUCACAAAAACCUUUCCAGAUAUCAAUCAGCUUGUGGGCUCCUCCAUCUUUGUUUCUGUUAGCGUGCUGACAGACAGUGGCAGUGAGAUGGUGGAGGCAGAGCUCAGAGGCAUCCAAGUCGUAACAUCUCCUUACACCAUCACGUUUAAAAAAACUCCAAAAUAUUUUAAACCUGGAAUGCCCUUUGAUGUGGUGGUUGAAGUUUUAAAUCCAGAUGGAAGUCCAGCAGAAAACAUCCCAGUGGUUGUAACACCUGGUCCUGUCAUAGGCUAUACUGCAGCCAAUGGCAUGGCGAGGCUACCCAUCAAUACAGUAACACAAGAUCAUCGACAACUAAUCACUGUAAGACCAAACACCAACUAAUUCAAUGGAAAAUCU